AUGUCCACCCCAAACCUCACAAUCCACCAACACAUCGGACCCUUCCCCACCCCCUCCUCUCGUCAACAUCCUGCUCUCCAUCUUCUCGAACACUAUGCCAAUAAAAUCAAUUCCGCAUCCUACACCGGUUCAUGUCUUUCCUAUUACCAUCCACGUAGCAUAUUUCACGACGCCACUGGUGUUGAUUAUGUCGGCGGCGCCGUAAUAUGGAAAUGGAUUCAGGGGUUGUUCGGAGGUGAUAUUUUCUCGAAGAUAGAAAUGGAGAGUAAAGAGUUUUUUGUAAUUGGAGGAUUGGAAGAAGGAACAACGGGUCCAGCAGGAAGAGGGGAAUGGAAAAUAUAUGGAGAGUGGAUAGCCCAUUGGUGGGUGAAAAGCACAGGGGAAAAGAUUAGUGUACCGAGGAGUAUGGUAUUUACGUUGGUGAAAGCUGAAGGCGAGGGAACGGGAAAGAAAUUGGACGCUAACGGGGAGGUGGUAGAAGAGUUGGGGUUUGAGGGGUUACAGAUUGGUGAUGUGAGAUUAUAUUACGAUCGGAGUUUGUUGAAGGGAGUGUUUAAAGUCAGUGAACAGGAGAUAGAGAAGUUUGGUUCUUGA